GCAAAGUUUACAAGCUCUCAGCGGGGAACCUCACACAUCCUUGAAUGCACCGGAGCUGGGUACAAUUAAAAGGUUUUUGAGGACAGGAACACAACCAUGCGUGGACAUUACCCUUCACUGAUACAAGUGUGCUCAACAAUCCUCAUAAAGAUGAACGCAAGCCUGACGGUGUGUCUGCGAGUGCUCGUGUUGUUGGUGGCCAUUUGGAAUGGCGUCCAGGCACAACGCAACCUGCACAAAAGGAGUUUUCUAGAGCUCGGCUGUCGGGGUAACUUCGAGCAAUCCUACCUGGCGCGAUUGGAACGUGUUUGUGAAGAGUGUUUCCAACUGUACAGGGAACCUCAGGUCUACAAUAUGUGCAGGGCGAGCUGCUACAAGAACGAAAACUUCGACUCGUGUGCCACGGCCCUGCUAAUCCAGAACGGUGAAUUGGAUGAGAUACGACGAAUGAUCAACUUUGUCUUCGGGUGAUGAGCUCCAUGACGCGACGGGAGUCACGUGACCCGAUAACGACGCCGUGCCCAACUAAUUUAUCGAAACAAUUGUUCGUGAUUUUUGUCACGAAUAUCAGUCAUAAUAUGUAAAAAAUAUGUGAUGGAUGAGUAUUUUAUACACCUGUUGUUAAAAACACCAAAUGCUAUUUUUGUUUAAGGCAUUUUUGUUAGCUCACUUUAUUGUACAUAUUUUGUUCUACCAUUUCACCUAUUAUUUGUACAUACUUUAUGUCCGACAGAGAGAAUCUCUAUGUACACAUACAAAUAUAUAUAUAUAUUUACAUGAUUUCCUACGACAUUUUCAUCUGCUGCUCUUGCCUAUGAGAUUAUUAUAAAUUCAACAGAAAUUUUGCUGUAAAUAUCACAUUAAUCCCUGGGCAGCGAUACUCUCACACACGUAUUUAAAUGCAGAUUUCACCAUGUGAUUGUACCUAAAUACCACAAAAUACUCACUAGUACAUACCUGCCCGAGCUUGUACAGUGUAUAAAACGCGGUAUUCUAACGCGUAUUAUUUAUUUUGUUUUGGUUUGCAGCUUUGAUACAGUAUUAUUGAAUUUGUUCUCAUUGUCACGUUGAAUUUCUUUUUCUUUUUUUUUUGUUUUUUUUUUGUUUGAUUUUGUGAUUUACAAACAUGUCUGUCUCAAACUGUGUUCAACACUGGCAAACUGUGAUACAAACGCAAGUGUCUGUGCAAAAAGAAAACGUGGAACAAAAGAAAAAAAUCAAUAAAAACGGGACUCAUAUUCGAGUAACAGCUGCUUUUGCCCGGAAGCAGCAGAAGUGCAAAAGUUUCCCUUUUGUUUU